UUGCGCCCCUGCUACCAAGUUCCUCUCAGUCUGUGUUUGAUGGGGAGAAACUCUUCCUCUCUACUUAACAGAUUGAUGUAUCUCAGUCAGAUGAUGAUGAUGAUGAUGAUGAUGAUGUCUGUCACGCUGCGUCUGGAUAUGGAAAUGUGGCGCGCAAACGAGGCGCGCGUCUCCACGAGCCGUGCGUCAACGUUCCUGGACAGAUAUUUCGGACCGUGUGAACUGAUGACUGUGACACGAAGAUGACUCUCUCCUCGGCGACCUCCUCCUCUUGGAGAGCGGAGUCUGUGGUCAUCUCUUUGGGCUUCGCGGUCAUCUUCCUGCUCGGCACCGUGGGGAACUCUCUGGUCCUCGCGGUCCUGUUCCGUAACGGACAGAUGAACACCAAGACCACCAACAUGUUCAUCCUCAACCUCGCGAUAGCAGACCUGUGCUUCAUCGUGUUCUGUGUGCCCUUCCAGGCCACCAUCUACACCCUGGAUCAGUGGGUGUUCGGUCCUGUGCUCUGUAAAGUCGUGCACUUCAUCAUUUUCCUCACCAUGUACGCGAGUAUCUUCACCCUGACCGCGGUGUCCCUGGACAGGUAUUUAGCCAUUUGCUACCCGCUCCGCUCCAGAGAGAUGAGAACACCCAAGAACGCCCUGGUCUCCAUCUGCCUGGUCUGGGCCUUGGCCUUGGUUUUCUCAGGACCGUAUCUCAGCUACUACGCCCAGAUGGACCUGGCCGGCACUGUGGUGUGCAUUCCUGCCUGGGAGUCCAAACCACGCAUCAUAAUGGACGUGUGCACCUUCGUCUUUGGCUACCUCAUCCCCGUGCUGGUGCUGGGCCUCACCUACGCUCGCACCAUCCGAUACCUGUGGACCAGCGUGGAUCCCGUGGAGGACAUGUCCGAGUCGAGGCGAGCCAAGCGGAAAGUCACCAAGAUGAUCAUCGUUGUCGCCGCUCUCUUCUGCCUCUGCUGGCUCCCCCACCACCUGGUCAUCCUCUGCAUGUGGUUCGGACGCUUCCCCCUCAACCAAGUCACCUACGUCCUCCGCAUCCUCUCCCACCUGGUGGCGUACACCAACUCCUGUCUCAACCCCAUCGUCUACGCGCUCGUCUCCAAGCACUUCCGCAAAGGCUUCAGGAAGGUGUUCAGCUGCUCGCUGAGGAGGAGGGAGAUCAACAAGGUGCACGUCAUCCAGGCGGUGAACACAGUCAGCAGCAUGGAGACGUCCAACUGA